AUGAAUAUAGCACAUCCAAACAAUAAAAAUUUGUGUAGUGAUACGUUUGAAUUUUUUGAGGACUUGCAACUCAUAUUCGGACAAGGUGUUGCUACUGGAAAAAACGCAGUUGGAUUAGGUGAUGGUACUGAUGCACGUACAUACAAAGCUGGAGGAAAUUCAAAUGAAGAAUAUGUAAAUGAUGUAGACAACAUAUAUGAGUUUGUUGCAUCAACUCGUGAUAAUGAGCUCUCAGAACAGUAUGCAACAAUUGAUUCUCAGACAGUUCCAGAGUCUCGUACAGAGAAAUAA